GUCACAAACACAGCAUUAACCUGCACUUAACACCCUCCAUGAUGCCCACAAACACAACAUUAACCUCUCCAGAAGGCCUUUGUGACGUCACCGAUGCAGCGUUAACCUGCAGCGAAAACCUUUCUUAUGGUCACAAACACAACAUUAACCCCCAGGGAGAAGAUACUUCUGAUGGUCACAAACAGCAUUAACCUCUGGAGAAGGCCAACGUGAUGCCACCAACACCGCGUUAACCCCCAGAGCAGACCGGCCGCGAGCCUGAGGUGAUGGAAGCCAUCUUGCUGCCGUUGUUGACACGGAGGCCAUCGCCUGGGGCAAUUGGAUGAAAGGAUAGGUGCGGAGGAGAGCGAAGAGGAGGAGAGGAGAGGUAUGGAGGGAGGGAAGUUUGACCAGAGAAGAGAGGAGCAAGGGAGAAAGUCGAGGAGAAGGGAGGGAAGAGCACAUAAAUGAAAGGAUAGAGGAGGGGGGAGAGAAGGGGUAGGAAAGAAGAAAAAAUAAGAGAAUAGCAUUGGAGAGCUGGUAAUGGUUUUAUCAAACUUGGACUACUCUAUGAUAUUUCUAUGACCCACGAGUUCAGGGCCCUUCCCGGACCCAGGAAGGAGCUAGGACCUUGCAGACACCAUGGUGCAGGGAGGGGGCGAGAGAGGGGAGGACUGACCCUAACCACCUGUGAGUAGUUGAAGGAGUGUUUCACUGGCUCGCCUUGAGGUGGAUAUUUUACUGUCCUACUGCUGGGACCUGACCUCUGACCUCACUCUUCUAUACACAGGUAAACUAAUUUCUCUCACCUGUCGACAUCAUAUUCAGGGGCAGUGCCGAGUGAAAGGCCGGUGAUCUUGUAGUGACGAUGUCUCCUCCUUCAUCCCUCCAUUCUGUCUCUCCAUCAUCUCUCCAUCGUUCUGUCUUUAUCAUCUCUCCAUCAUUCUGUCUCUCCUCUAUCAUCGCCAUCAUUUUAUCCUCUCCUAUAUCAUCUCUCCAUCAUUCUGUCCCUCCUCUAUAAUCUCAAUCAACCUGUCUCUCCUCUAUCAUCCCUCCAUCAUUCUGUCUCUCCUCUUUAAUCUCCCUCAUUCUGUCUCUUUAUAAUCUCCAUUGUUCUGUCUCCUCUAUCAUCCCUCCAUCUGUUAUUGUUCCUUUAUCUUGUUACUGACCGGCUUUAGUGAAAGUGAUAUUGAAUUUUGUUCUUGUUUAACAAGUAAUUGUUAAUUGUUAAGAUUAGCUUUAUUAAUCAUCAAUUAUUCCAAACAAUGAAAGCUAUGUUUCAUUUCAACACAUAUCUUUUUCACCAUUCAGAAAAUUACCUGUUGGAUUUUGAUGAUUUCACUGUGAGAUGAAUUGCAAAAAAAAUGAUAAAGUUAAUGGCACCGUCCCUUAGCCCCAAACAGGUUUGGAACCAGUGAUGUAGAUAACAUUGAGAUGAAUGCAUAUUUAUAAUAGUAGCUUUCCAUAAUUACAGACUUUAAUACUCUGUUCAUGCUGUCUGCAGUGACACAGGAAGUGUGAUUGUUGCUUGGUUACGGGCAGAAUAAAAACUGUUAUUUUGAGCGUCCGGAAAUGGAAGUAUGUGAUUGAAUGGAUGAUUAAAUGUGUUAGCUGUCCCUUGGGCAGUUACAUGAUGUAACAGUUGUCUCUGAAUCCCUCUCAGACGCCAGGAAUAGCCAACAUUGAUCUACCAACCGAGUUCAGACAGAAGGACAUAAAUAUUGCUGAUUAAUAGGAUUGUCAAUUCAAUUAAGAAAUAAUCAAUUAAGAAAUGAUUAAAUAACACAGUACUUGUUGAAAAAGAGAGAAUUGUUGAUGGAAUUUCUAAAUGUGGCUAAGAUAAGUAACAAGUUAGCAGUUAUCAGAUAUUAAUAACUGAUUUUUUUUCUGAUUAAAUCCUGCCAACCUCUGACCUCUACGCCUAUCAAUCAGAGUGGAGAUAGAGCCUGCAGCUCGUGAUGUCUGAGGGGACGAUAGUGAAGGAAGGAUGGCUUCAUAAACGAGGAGAGUACAUAAAAACAUGGCGCCCAAGGUUCUUCCUCCUAAAAAGCGACGGUACCUUCAUCGGCUACAAGGAGCGACCACAGGGUGUAGACCAGUUAGUGACCCCCCUAAACAACUUCUCUGUUGCCCAAUGUCAGGUAAUGAAGACAGAGCGACCGAAGGCCAACUCCUUCAUGAUUCGCUGUCUCCAGUGGACCACGGUCAUAGAAAGGACCUUCUACGUGGACACACCUGAGGAGAGGGAGGACUGGCUGGGCUCCAUCCAGGGGGUGGCGGCCAAACUGCAGAGAUCAGAGGAGCAGGAGGAGGCAGAGGAGGACCGGAGCGAGCCUCACCUCAACCACCCCAGAGACAAAGUGUCCAUGCUGGACUUUGAGUACCUGCGCCUGCUGGGGAGGGGGUCGUUCGGGAAGGUGAUCCUGGUGAAGGAGACGUCCACGGGGAGGUACUACGCCAUGAAGAUCCUCCGCAAGGAGGUCAUCGUCACCAAGGAUGAAGUGGCUCACACACUGACGGAGAACAGAGUGCUGCAGACGUCGCGACACCCCUUCCUCACCGUGUUGCGGUACUCCUUCCAGACCCACGACAGGCUGUGUUUCGUCAUGGAGUACGCCAACGGAGGGGAGCUGGAGAACCUGAUGCUGGAUAGAGAAGGCCAUGUUAAGAUCACUGACUUCGGCCUCUGUAAGGAGGGCGUCACAGACGACGUCCCCAUGACUACCUUCUGCGGAACCCCUGAAUACCUAGCGCCAGAGGUGUUGGAGGACAGUGACUACGGCCGGGCGGUGGACUGGUGGGGUCUGGGCGUGGUGAUGUAUGAGAUGAUGUGCGGCCGGCUGCCGUUCUACAGCCACGACCACGAGGCGCUGUUCUCCCUCAUCCUGACCGAGGAGGUCCGCCUCCCCUCCACGCUGAGCCAGGCCGCCCGCCGCCUCCUGGCCGGCCUGCUGAGGAAGGACCCCAAGGCCCGGCUGGGCGGUGGUCCCGGGGACGCCAAGGAGGUCAUGAAGCACCAGUUCUUCACGGGGGUCCGGUGGGAGGAGGUUUUUCUCAAGAAGCUGACUCCGCCCUUCAAGCCCCAGGUGACCUCAGAGAUGGACACACGCUAUUUUGACAUGGAGUUUACCGGUCAGGCCAUAACCAUCACCCCACCCGGACACGACCGAGUGCUGGAGACGUUGGAUGGCGAUGACGGGCCCAGCUUCCCCCACUUCUCCUACACGGCCAGUGGGACGUCCUAGCGCGACAGGCUCCC